GCAACGAACAAUGUGUGAUGUCACAAGAAAACAGAUUUUGGAGCAACAUCAAAGGCAGAUCUCCUUAUGAUGUCAUAGUGGUAAAGGGUUUCAGACUUAGUAAACCAAGCCUCAAACCCUCAGCAGUUCACAGAUCCAACCUGAGACAAGCGGUCAGCAAGGCUCGUGACUUUAAACUGGUCUACAUUCAAGACACUAACUAACCCAAGGAUUCCACAUGGACAACAAGAGGAACUCAGAGUCCCUGAGCAGGGCUGAAACCAUGGAGAAGGAGACGGAGGCUGAGGUGAUGCUCAACAAGAUUACAGAGCUACAACAUCUUGUUGAGAGUAAGGACAAGCAGCUGAUGGAUGAAAGGCUGAAGGCUGACAUCAAGCUGCAAAAGAAGAUGGUGGCGUCUCACAACCUCCAGACAAGCCUGGACGAGGCCAAACAGGAGAGGGAUGAGAUGGCAGAGAGGUUGAGGAGAAAGGAGCAGGAAGACAUGAGGAGGGAGAACGACACCGACGUGCAGCUGGAGGAUUUAAAGAACCAGCUGCAGGCUGAAAGACUGAGGUCUGACACCCUGCAGAAGGAACAGGAGGAAUUUAGGAAGGAGGUAAAAGAAAAAUCCAGAAGAGACCUGAAGCAGGUUUGGGAUCUGGAGAAGGAGAAAGUUACCCUGGAUUGCAUUAUUGCAUCUCAGGACAUCAAACUAAAAAAUAAGAUGGUGUCGUCUCGCUACCUCCAGACCAGCCUGGACGAGGCCAAACAGGAGAGGGAUGAGAUGGCAGAGAGGUUGAGGAGAAAGGAGCAGGAAGACAUGAGGAGGGAGAACAACACUGACGUGCAGCUGGAGGAUUUAAAGAACCAGCUGCAGACUGAAAGGAUGAGGUCUGACACCCUCCAGAAGGAACAGGAGCAAUUUAUGCAAGAACGCCCCCCUGGAGGACAAGAGAGAGCCAGCAGAGACCUGAAGCAGGUUCAGAAUCUGGAGGUGAAGGGACUUUCUGUAGAGGCAAAGGCCCUGCAAUUAAAAAAUAUGAAGAUUAAAGAGCUGGAGGAGCUAAUUGCUAGGGAACAGCAUCAGCAAAAGAAUAAAGUGAUGACUCGCUACCUCCAGACAAGCCUGGAGGAGGCCAAGCAGGAGCGAGAUGAGAUGGUCAGGGUGAUGAGGAAGGAUCAGGUGCACUUAAGUAGGAAGACCAACACAGACGUGCAGAGAGAGAACCUGGAUCUGGACUGCAAGCUAGCAUCAAGCAGAGCAUUACAGGAGGACAUGAUUAAAGAGCUCCAAGAAUUUGUUGAGAGUAAAGAGAACCAGCUGCAGGCUGAAAGGCUGAGGGCUGAUACCCUCCUGAAUGAACUGGAUGAAUUAAGGCUGGAGGUUCAACAGAAAGCCAGCAGAGACCUGAAGCAGGUUCAGAAUCUGGAGGAGGAGAAACGGUCCCUGGAUUCCAUUAUUGCAUCUCAGGACUUCAAGCUGCACAAUAAGAUGGUGUUGUCUCGCAACCUGCAGACAAGCCUGGACGAGGCAGAACAGGAGAGGGAUGAGAUGGCAGAGAGGUUGAGGAGAAAGGAGCAGGAGCUGGAAGACUUGAGGAGGAAGACCAACACCGACGUGCAGCUGGAGGACCUAAAGAACCAGCUGCAGGCUGAAAGACUGAGGGCUGACACCCUCCAGAAACAACAGGAGGAAUUUAGGCAAGAACGCCCCCCUGGAGGACAAGAGAGAGCCAGCAGAGACCUGAAGCAGGUUCAGAAUCUGGAGGUGAAGGUUCUUUCUCAGGAGCAGGUGGCAAAGGCCCUGCAUAUAAAAGAGAUCAAGAUUAAAGAGCUGGAGGAGCUAACUGCUAAGGAACAGCACCAGCAAAAGAAUAAAGUGUUGACUCGUUACCUCCAGACAAGCCUGGAGGAGGCCAAACAGGAGCAAGAUGAGAUGGCGCAGAGGUUGAACAGAAAGGAUCAGGAGCACUUGAGGAGGGAGACCAACACCGACGUGCAGCUGGAAGACCUAAAGAACCAGCUGCAGGCUGAAAGGCUGAGGUCUGACACCCUCCAGAAGGAACAGGAGGACUUUAGGCUGGAAGUCCAAGAAAAAGCCAGCAGAGACCUGAAGCAGGUUCAGGAUCUGGAGGAGGAGAAACGUUCCCUGGAGCAGGAGGUGAAGGCCCUGCAAAUAAAACAUGACUACAGGAUUCAAGAGCUCCAGCAGCUUGGUGCAUCUCAGGACACCCAGCUACAAGAUCAGGUGAAGGUCAAUCAGGCUAUUCAGGAGGAGAUGAAGGACCUGCAAGGAGAAGUCGCAAUCAUUGCAUUACAGGACAACAAGAUUAAAGAGCUCCAUGAUCUUGUUGAGUCCUUAAGAAACCAGCUGCAGGCUGUAAGGCUGAGGACUGACACCAUCCGGAAAGAACAGGAGGAACUCAGGCGGGAGGCACAACGGAGAGCCAGCAGAGACCAGAAGUGGGUUCAGAAUCUGGAGGAGGAGAAAGUUUCCCUGGAGCAGGCCCUGCAGAAAGAGGUCUCAAGAAGAGUAUCAGAGGAAAGAAACAACACCAACAGGAUUCAAGAGCUCCAAGAUCUUGCUGCGUCCUCAAAGAACCAGCUGCAGACUGAAAGGCUGGAAGUUCAGGACAGACUUAUUGAGAUGGAGAACGUGUCUUUGUGGAGGAGGUUUAAAAAGGCCAUCACUCCUGACAGUCGCCGCCAAUACAAACAUCUGAGAAUGCAGUGGCAGGACCAGGAGGAAAACCCCAGCUCAUCUGUUCCCCCAAGCCCCCCCAACAUGCCCAGACCGUAACGGGCCAUCAGGUAGACACAGAGUAACAUGUUCCUCUGUGUCUGCACGGGUUUACUCCGGGUUCUCCGGUUUCUUCCCAUCAUAAUCAACUUUGAAAAAAAACCUUUAGAAUAGUAAAAAAUGCACCAAGCCUAAAAAAUGUCAAUAAAAAAAAACAAAACUUUAACAUU